AUGCAGGUGGAAAGAUGCUUGUUUGUCGAGGAGUCGGCGUCCGCUUCCAUGCCUCAACAUGGUAACGUCAUCCCAAGCUCCGACCCCGAGAGUACCGAUUCUAAGGAAAUCAUCCCCAUCGGUCGUAGCUCAGGCAAAAGAAAAGAUCACGCCGCUGAAACCGACGGCCAAAUGCCUGACUAA